AUGGCCCGCCACCACCACCUCUCCUGUUCGCAAAAGGUCUCCGAACCACCCAUGAACCUCUGGAACACCACCAACGUCGUGGCCUUCCGCAAGAGCGAAAAAGAAUCCGAUGCCAUCGAGCAAUGCUGCGGCCUGACCACCAACAUCGUCACAUACAAGAAAGACUGUUUCCAAUUCUGCAGCACGCAAGACAACACUACCGAAGUCAAGUCCUGCAUCGAGGACCACGGCGUUGAUGCCAAGUCCUAUCACAACGACAAGGGCGGCCAGUCGGCGGCGAAUCCCAUGUCUAAGCCCGCUGCUAGCCUGAUCUUGUUGGUUGUGACUAGCCUGAUUGUGGGCACGUUUUAA